CAAGUCACAUCUCUAACUGAAAACUCGCCGCCGGAGCCAUCAUGUGCGACGGAGACUGCCGUCCUCUCGGUUUCCUCUUAGGUCUUCCCUUCGCCUUCCUCUCUCUUAUUCUCUCCAUCGUCGGUGUCGUUAUCUGGAUCGUCGGAUUGUUGUUAUCAUGCAUAUGUCCAUGUUGCUUGUGUGUGACUGUACUAGUGGAGAUGGCAAUUUGUUUGAUUAAAGCCCCAAUUCAUGUUAUGGAGUGGUUCAUGUCCAAGAUCCCUUGUUGAGAUCUUCUUCUUCUUCUUCUUCCAUGUACAUAGUUAACUUCUCUUGUUAAAUCUUUAGUAUUGGAUUUGCUUUUAUGUUCUGCUGAAAAAGACUGAGAUUUGGUGCUUCUGAUUUGUGUGCAAUAAUUAGCAUUUGUUCUU